AUGUCUACAGCCAACUCUAUUACUGUCCAAAAGCUGGAUAUGGAAAUCUAUGUGCUAAAGCAACACAUUAACGAUAUUCAUCAGGUGAUACAACAGCAAAGAACACUUCUCCAAGACGUGUUAACUAUUGUGGAAGACACAGUUGUUAGAACAAACUUGCAUUCAGAGUUAAUUGCCAUAUCCACUGAGUUGCACCAAAGUCAUGACUUAUUUAAGCAUGAACUUCUAUUUCUGCAUGACCCAAUAUUGUUCCACACACUUGCUUUUCUCGACGAAGUGCAAACUGGAAUGAUCGAAUUGGCAGGGGGACGCAUACCUCUGUACUUUGUAUCCAAGGAUAUUGUUCAUGCAAUGCUUGCCAAUGUGGAUGGAGAGACAAUUGAGCCUAUGCAAUUAAAUCUGGCCUUUGAGAUGGGGAGCGCUAUACCUCUCUUAAUUGAUCUGGAACGUAUGGAGAUUUGCUUUUUAUUGGCCAUACCAUAUGUAACUCCAAAAAAAACAUUUUUCAAAUGA